AUGGCUAAAGAUCUGCCAUCCCUGCUUGAAGAAUUUGUAUCUUUGGUCAUUUACAUUGACACCAGAUUAAAGAAGAGCCAAUCUCAGAAUUCCUGCACCCGCAAAGUUGUAGUUUCUUCUGCUGUCGUGUCUGAGCCCCCCUCGAUUCCAUAUACUCAGACUGAUGAGCCCAUGCAGCUGGGGGCCACUUGUUUAUCCCCAGAGGAGAGUCGCAUAGUAUCUUUGGAACUAGCAUCUGAAGAUGAUGUAGCAGGUAGAGGAACAUUAGGAUAUAAAGAAGCACUGGCCCCUGUAACCAGAUACAUGCCGGGGAGGAACUGUGCCGUAAUCUGUCCAUCCAUUAGUUAUUAUCAACAUUAUCUAGCAGCUAUUUUUGCCAUUGAGGAGAUCAAUCAGAAUGCUAAUAUCUUACCCAACCUAACCCUUGGCUACCGUAUCUAUGAUGCCUGCACCAGUGAAAGUCGGGCAGCAGCCAACACUCUGAGCAUAUUGACUGGGAGGGCGGCAUCUGUACCCAACUAUUCCUGCAAUGACAAGGGAACACUUGCUGCUUUUGUGGGUCAUUUACUUCCCACACUGACCCAUGUAGUAUCGGACAUGACAACAAUUUACAGGUUCCCUCAGGUCAGUUAUGGGGCUCAGGAUCCUGCUCUGGAUGACAGGCAGCAAUACCCAACAUUCUACAGGACUAUCAUCAAUGAAAAGUAUCAUUUUGUAACCAUCAAUCAAAUACUCAAACUGUUUGGUUGGACGUGGGUGGGAAUUAUAUACUCAGAUGAUGAAAGUCACCAGAGAGCUGCCAAUAAAAUAAGUUCUGAAAUUACAACAAGUGGGGGUUGUGUGGAAUUUAUGGCUUUGUACACUACUGAAAAUUUAUUAACAAUAUCCAUUACUAUAGACAAAAUUAGGCGUUCAUCAGCAAAUGUGAUUAUUAUCAGCAGCAACUCCCAUAUGCUGCUCCACAUUGUGCUAACUAUAGAGAUGACGACUACACUCAAAAAACAUUUAUUAUUUUCAUCAUCUCUGGAAAACAUGAUUAGCUUUGCGUAUUCUUCACUCAAUGGGUCACUGAUCAUCUCAGGUAACCAAGGAGCCAUUCCCGGCUUCAAAGAAUUUUUCUACACGGCUCAUCCUACCAAAUUCCCAAAUGAUGAAAUUACAGCCCUUUUGUGGUUGGCACUAUUUUGUUGUUUAAAAUAUGGAGACAAUUCCUCUGGGAUAUACAUUCCAGCCUGUACAAUGAAUGAUACCCUGAGUUUCUUUGGUAUGUCAUUUUAUGCUGUCAUCAACUUGCAUAUCACUUACAAUAUGUACAUUGCCGUGUAUGCCCUGGCACACGCCCUACACAAGGUGCUUUAUGGUGAGCCUCAUGAGAAGCAACCCUUGGAAUCAGAACUUCAACUUAACUUGUGCAAGAUACAGAUGUGUAUAGAGACCUGGCUCUCUGCUAUGGUCGAACAGUUAAAUAACCAUUUAAAGAGCAUCCAUUUCCAGACAUCUUCAGGUGAUGAAAUAUUUUUUAAUGAACACGGAGAGGUUCAGGGAAACCUUGAAAUUGAAAACUGGAUUUCUUACCCAAAUGAAACAACAGCCAUUAGAAAGGUUGGAACCUUCAAUUCCUCAGCCCCUCCUGGGGAGCAGCUCCUUAUCAACAAGCCAGAUAUCAUCUGGGGGACUCCACUGAAUGAUAUCCCACAGUCUGUGUGCAUUGGGACCUGCCAGCCGGGAUACAGAAAAGCUGGAAUAAAAGGCCUCCCAGCCUGCUGUUAUGAAUGCGUACAGUGUUCCGAUGGAGAGAUUGCCAAUGUAUCAGACAUGGAAAACUGCAUAAGAUGUCAAGAAGAUGAGUGGUCCAACGAGAAAAAAAAUAAGUGCAUCAAGAAAACCAUUGACUUUCUGUCUUAUGCUGAACCUCUGGGUUUGAGUUUAGCAAUGUUAGCAAUUCUGUUAUCCAUCACUGCAUCUAUAGUCCUUGGAAUCUUUAUCAGGAACAGACAAAGUCAGAUUGUGAAAGCCAAUAAUCAAGAACUUAGCUACAGUCUUCUGUUGACCAUUAUAUUAUCCUUUCUCUGCACCUUACUCUUUAUAGGAAAACCCAAGAAGGUGACCUGUUUGCUAAGACAAAUUACUUUUGCAGUCAUAUUUACAAUUAGUAUCUCCUCAGUUUUGGUAAAAACUAUGACUGUACUGAUUGCCUUUCAUGCUAUAACCCCAGGAAGCAUGUUAAAGAUCUUGGUCAGAAAAAGUGUUUCAAGGUGUUUUAUACUUGUUUUUUCAUUGGGAGAGGUUAUUAUUUGCAUUAUGUGGUUUCUACAUUGCCCGCCAUUCCCUGACUAUGAUACCAGGUCAUCUGUGAUGACCUUGCAGUGUAAUGAAGGUUCUGCUGUGGCAUUCUACAUUGCAGUAGGGUACAUUGGAAUGCUGGCCUCUGUCAGCUUCAUUACUGCUUAUCUUGCCCGUGGGUUACCAGACAUAUUUAAUGAAGCCUCACACAUCACCUUUAGCAUGUUGGUGUUCUGCUGUGUGUGGAUCACUUUUAUCCCAGCCUAUAUAAGCUCCAAAGGCAAAUACAUGGUGGCAGUAGAGAUAUUUGCUAUUCUUUCUUCCAGCUCUGGGUUGUUGGGAUUCAUAUUUCUACCCAAAUGUUACAUCAUCCUUUUAAAACCUGAAAUGAAUGUCAAGGGGAAAGGAACGUCUAAAAAAAAAUAA